GAGCUGCGGGAGGUCAGCCGCAACAGGGCCUCCCUGCGCGGGCGCCUGCAUGACCUGCGCCGGUACCUCCACGUCCUGCGUGAGGGACAGCGCUUCACCAGCCUGCCGGCCCCUCUGGGCUCCCCGCUGCGGCCUCGGGCGCUCUCAGAGCGUGAACCCCUCGUUGACCCCUCGCUGCACCAGCACCUUGACCGCAAGAUCAACUUCGUGGCUGGGGUCAUCCACCUGGUGGCCAGCUUCGUGGAGAUGCCCGAGCCCAUGGAGGACCCAGCCACAGGUGAGAGCAUCACCUGGGUCAUCUUCCUCAUCUCCUACUGGGGCGAGCAGAUUGGGCAGAAGAUCCACAAGAUCUCAGACUGCUUCCACUGCCACAUGUACCCCUAUCCAGAGAGUGAGGCCAGCCGAGCAGACACCAUGAGUAGGCUGCACAGCCAGAUCCAGGACCUCAGUGUGGUGCUGGAGGAGACAGAGCAGUACCUGGCGCAGGUGCUGGACAAGGUGGUGCUUGCACUGCCCACCUGGCGGGUGCAGGUGCAGAAGAUGAAGGCCAUCUACCUCAUCCUCAACCAGUGCAGCUUCGAUGUCACCGAGAAGUGCCUCAUCGCUGAGGUCUGGUGCCCCGUGCGGGACCUCACCCAAGUGCAGGAUGCCCUGCGCCAGGGAUCGUACAAGAGCGGCUCCAGCGUGGAGUGCUUCGUGCAGCGCAUCCCCACCUCGGAGAGCCCCCCGACCCUCAUCCGCACCAACAAGUUCACGGCUGGCUUCCAGAGCAUCGUGGAUGCCUAUGGGGUGGCCAGCUACCAGGAGGUGAACCCUGCACCGUACGCCAUCAUCACCUUCCCCUUCAUCUUCGCCAUCAUGUUUGGGGACGUGGGGCACGGGCUGCUCAUGUUCCUCUUUGCUCUCUGGAUGGUGCUAUAUGAGAACAGGCCCAGCCUGAAGCAGGCCAGCAACGAGAUCUGGCAGACAUUCUUCGAGGGGCGCUACCUCAUCUUGCUGAUGGGGGCCUUCUCCAUCUACACCGGCUUCAUCUACAACGAGUGCUUCAGCAAAGCCACCGUCAUCUUCCCCUCUGCCUGGAGCGUGGCCGCCAUGGCCAACCACUCCUCCUGGAGCUCUGCCUACCUCGCCACCCACCCGUCCCUCACCAUGGACCCCAACGUCACUGGUGUUUUCCAAGGGCCAUAUCCCUUUGGGAUUGACCCAAUCUGGAGCUUGGCCACCAACCACCUCAACUUCCUCAACUCCUUCAAGAUGAAGAUGUCUGUGGUGCUGGGCAUCGUGCACAUGGGCUUUGGUGUUAUGCUGGGGAUCUUCAACCAUGUGCACUUCCAGCAGUGGCACCGGCUGGUACUGGAGCUCCUGCCCGAGAUGAUUUUCCUCCUGGCACUCUUUGGCUACCUCGUUUUCCUCAUCUUCUACAAGUGGAUCAAGUUCAGCGCCGCCGACUCCAUGGUGGCCCCCAGCAUCCUCAUCCACUUCAUUGACAUGUUCCUCUUCACCACCAACGCCGACAACCGCCCGCUCUACCGGGGGCAGGUGCCGGUACAGAUGGUGUUGGUGGUGUUGGCACUGGCGUCGGUGCCCGUCCUGCUCCUGGGGACGCCGCUCUACCUGUACUGCCGACGCCGGCUGGAGGGACAGGAGGCCGGCAACUGCGUCAAUGCCACCAAGGAGGAUGUGGAGAGUGGAGGUCACAGCCCUGAUGCCAAGCACUUGGACUUUGCUGACAUCUUCAUGCACCAGGCGAUCCAUACCAUUGAGUAUUGCCUGGGCUGCAUCUCCAACACCGCAUCCUACCUGCGGCUCUGGGCGCUCAGCUUGGCCCAUGCCCAGCUAUCAGAGGUCCUGUGGACCAUGGUGAUGCGCAACGGCUUCGUGCGGCUGAGCUACGUGGGCGGCGUGGUGCUGGUGCCGGUCUUCGCUGCCUUCGCCGUGCUGACCGUGGCCAUCUUGCUGGUGAUGGAGGGGCUCUCUGCCUUCCUCCAUGCCCUGCGCCUGCACUGGGUGGAGUUUCAGAAUAAGUUUUACGUGGGCGCCGGGUACAAGCUGUGCCCCUUCGCCUUCGCGCCUGACACCUGGGAGUAG